AGCGCGGGCGGCGGCGGCGGCGGCGCGCGCCGGCCUCCUCCUCCUCCUCCUCCUCCUCCCGCACUCUAGCAGCCGCCGCCGGCCGGACGGGCGCUUCUCCCGCCGCCUCUGCUCCGCCCGCUCGGCCUGCGCCGCGUGCCCCUGCCUGGCAUGUCGGCAGCCGUGGCGUGUGUGGAUUACUUCGCCGCCGACGUGCUCAUGGCCAUCUCUUCGGGCGCCGUGGUGCACCGCGGGCGGCCGGGCCCCGAGGGCGCGGGCCCGGCCGCCGGCCUGGAUGUGCGCGCGCCGCGGCGCGAGGCCGCCCCGCCCGGGCCCCCGGGGCCGCCACCGGCGGCCCCCGCCGUCCCGGGCCUGGGCUCCGGCGCCGCCGCGCCCCACCUGCUGGCCGCCAGCAUCCUGGCCGACCUGCGUGGAGGGCCCGGCGCCGCUCCGGGGGGCGCCUCGCCUGCCUCCUCUUCUUCGGCCGCCUCGUCCCCGUCCUCCAGCCGCGCCCCCGGCGCCGCGCCCGCCGCCGCCAAGAGUCACCGCUGUCCCUUCCCAGGCUGCGCCAAGGCGUACUACAAAUCCUCCCACCUCAAGUCGCACCUGCGGACGCACACAGGUGAGCGCCCCUUUGCCUGCGACUGGCCAGGCUGCGACAAGAAGUUCGCGCGCUCCGACGAGCUGGCCCGCCACCAUCGGACGCACACGGGCGAGAAGCGCUUCCCCUGCCCGCUCUGCUCCAAGCGCUUCACCCGCAGUGACCACCUGACCAAGCACGCGCGCCGCCACCCCGGCUUCCGCCCGGAGCUGCUCCGGCGCCCAGGCGCCCGCAGCACCUCUCCCAGCGACUCGCUGCCCUGCAGCCUGGCGGGCAGCCCUGCACCCAGCCCGGUGCCCAGCCCGGCCCCCGCUGGCCUGUAGAGCCCUGGUCCCACCGCCCCGCUGGGCCUGGGCCUGGAGCACCAGCAACAUGCCUGCUGUCCGGGGGCGGGGCUCGGACUGACCGCCAGCCCCGCCCCUUCCAGUGUACCCCCCGAGGGCCCCCAAGAUGUCCCUGCCUCUCUCAAGAAAACAAGGAGGGGGUCUGAGACUGGACCAGGUCAUCAGGGCCUUGGAGGUUGCUCUCGGGAGGGGUAGCGGCCGUGUCUGUAUAUAGCCAUGAUCGAGAACUCUUUCCAGCCUUUCACCAGUGACCCCAGGUGGGCGGUGGCCAGAAGGCAUUCCCCUCCCCCCUUCGCCACCUCCUUCCUUUGGGGGAGGUGUGGGCCUUGGGGGGAGGUAGCCCAGGAAGGACACCCCCUAACCAGUGUUCAGACUUGGUCCUCCCAGUCUCUCUCUCUGGGUUGGGAUGAAGUGUGGAAUGGGCCAUAGGUGAACCAGGGGGUUCCUGUGGGCUUUCUCCUGUCCCGCCUGCCCCCUGGAACCCCUCACCCCCACAGAAAGCCAUUGGAGACGUUCAGGGAAACGGGUGCGGCCUGGCCGCCCCCAUUCGGGUACUCAAUCUCAGGUGUCCAUAGGUUCUGCCCCACUGCCCCUGGGAGGGGCCACGCAGCUUCUCAGCCGCGCGGGGGAAGGGGGGUGAGUGUGGAAGGGGGGAGGCGGUAGGGUUUCCAUAGAGGUCCUGGUUUUGCUUCUGAGAGGGGAGGGGCAGAACAGGGGUUCUUCCAAAGAGCAAUUUGAUUCACUUGGGGGGAUAUUAGGAGAUGGGAAUGAAUGCAGGUUUAUUUAUUUUCCUCUGUCUCUGCUGGUGGGGGGCUCUACUGCCCCACUCUGGGUGGGUGUGCGAGUGUAUGAGUGAGAGACUGGGGGGAGCUGGCGCCACAGCGGCUCCCCGUGCAGGGGCAGAGCCCCCGACUUCGGCCUUGUGCAGUACCAUGUGACAAUCAUUCCCUCUGAUUUGGGACUUGGGACCACGACAGCCAUUGGGCGAGGUGCACCCCUUCCCCUCUUCCAGGUGGGGGUAAGGAGGCCGGGAACCCUGGCUCCAUCGCGCCGGGGCCCUUCUCCCCCACAUGACCCCCGUGCGGCAGGGCCCCUGGACCGGUGGUCGAGGUCCUGUCCACACGGGCCGGAAGCAGGAGGGCUGAUCCCCGAACCCCCUGGGAUAGCUCAGUUUUUUUGGACCGGGUAGAAUAUUUUUUCAGGCGCCAAUCCCUUCCUUGACCUGGGCCCCAGUGGGUGGUCUGUUGUCCUCAGGGGUUGUGGGUGUGGGGGAAGAGUCUCUGAUCUGAACUUAGGAUGGGGAAGGGUAAAUGCCGUUUUGUACAGAGGGACUGAAGACGACCUCACCCUGGAACAGGAAGGGACCCAGGCUCCCUGUCUGAGACCCUGGGAGGGCCUACUCCAUGCCCCACCCCUCCGGCCUCUGGCUGCAGGAGGUCUGUGGUAUCCCCAUUUGUUCUAGAACCUUGCACUCUCCCACCUGGGAGCUGGGGGGCUUGGAUGGCACUGGCUCGGACCCGGACCGGCCCUGGCAGGAUCCAGGGACGGCUUCCUGGGGUCCUGGGGAGGGAGGCAGAGAAGCUCUUUGGGAGCUGGGCUGGCCCAUCUGUCCUUCAGUGGGCCGGUGGUGAGAUGCCUUAGUUUGGGGAUAAGGAUGGGGUGCAGGGGGCCAGCCAGGGCCUUUUUUCCCUUUGUGUCUGCCCUCUUGAUUGUCCCAGCCCUGGCCGGUGCCUGUCUGCAGGAGGUGGACUGCAGUCUAAGGGCCCAACUGAGAACUUGUCCCUGGCUCCUCUCCAGUGUCCAGGGGCCUGGAGGGACUGGUGGUCACUGGGACCUAGUUCAGCCAUUUAGCUGGGGCCUCUCAAGGAGGGGGGGUGCAUGGCCCCAAGGGACUUGUGCUUCAGGGUGACCCCCUGCCCUACCUGGCCUCAUCCUUGUAUUUAAUUAAUUAAACAAGCCUUUUUUAAACCCGA